AGUAACAACAUGAUGACUAAAUAGUAAACGCUCACUACAAGAAACACGGAGCAUAGCGGCAAAAAAUUGCCGGCCGCUCAGCUAACCGCCACAAAACAUGUCAGGAGAAGUACCAAUCUUUCACGCGGCUGCCCUCCGUCCUUCUCUCACCGGCGUCGAAGUUUUCCAUCUCCUCGAUCGUGCGUGAAACCCUUACACCCUCCUCCCCCGUGCGCCAAUCUGAGCUAUCGUGGCCUCUCCCCUGUUAAUGACAACUGAGGAAGCAGCUGAAACACUGAACCAGCUUAGACAAGGUGCAGUGAAGUCUGAAACUGAUAUGAUUAGUCGAUACUUGAAUGAUAACAAUAUCUCGGCAAAGAGUUAUCAUGGUGGCAUGAGUUCAAAGGAACGCAACUAUGUCCAAGAGUUGUUUACCUCCAACAAGAUUAGAGUGCUAUGGUUGGUACUUCACAUUUAUUCAAGGGUUUGUUUACCUUUUCGUGAUUUACCUUCAAGGCUUCACAAGCAAGCAAAUGGUGAAUCCAUGGAAAACUUAUGUGAAGCUUUUAGCUGUUCUUAUGGGUUCUCAUGGCCUAACGAAGGGGUCUCGGGCUUUCCUUAACUGCCCUGCACAAAUCAUGUUCAAAUCCACAAAGGUAAAAACCAUAAAAGAGGAAUUGCAUAUAUGAGCUUGGCUGUGUAGUGCUUAAUCUCCACAGAUCCAUAGGAAGUUGCUUGAACUCCAAGCAGAGCUGGAAGGCGAGAAGUUGAAGAGGAAGGCGAUGGAGGAUGAGGC